CCUGCUUGGCUAGGAAUAUGAAAGCCGGUAGAGUGCUCGCACAGUCCGGGUGAGCCACCAGCAGUGGUUCCCUCGUGCGGCCUGUUCUGCGGCCCUGCUGGGGAGGACUCGAACCUGCUUCGGAAAUAUUAAGAAGACGUGAUUUCCAAAGCCCAUUAUGAAAACAUUUGUCAUUGGAAUUGGUGGCGUGACAAAUGGUGGGAAGACAACCCUGGCUAAGAACUUGCAGAAACACCUUCCCAAUUGCAGCAUAAUAUCCCAGGAUGACUUCUUCAAGCCAGAGUGUGAGAUAGACACAGAUGAAAAUGGAUUUUUGCAGUAUGAUGUGCUCGAAGCACUUAACAUGGAAAAAAUGAUGUCAGCUGUUUCAUGUUGGAUGGAAAACCCAGGACACUCUGUGGGACCAGUAGCCUUGGAAAAUGCUCAAGGCAUUCCCAUCUUAAUUAUCGAAGGUUUCCUUCUCUUUAAUUAUAGGCCACUGGACACCAUAUGGAACAGAAGUUACUUCCUGACCAUUCCCUAUGAAGAAUGUAAGAGGAGGAGGAGUACAAGGGUGUAUGAACCUCCUGACCCCCCAGGGUAUUUUGAUGGCCACGUGUGGCCCAUGUACCUAAAGCACAGACAAGAAAUGAACGCCAUCACCUGGGAGAUUGUUUACCUAGAUGGAACAAGAUCUGAAGAGGACCUCUUUUCUCAAGUGUAUGAAGAUGUCAAGCAAGAAUUAGAGAAGCAAAAUGGUGUGUGAGUAACAGCACAAAGAUGGAAUGCAGCAAGUCCUCCUGGGAUGGAUUAAGACACUUGAAAGACAACAAAACCCUAUGUUGGGGGAAAAAGAAAGAAAAAGAAAGAAAGAAAGAAAGAAAGAAAGAAAGAAAGAAAGAAAGAAAGAAAGAAAGAAAGAAAGAAAGAAAGGAAGAAAGAAAGAAAGAAAGAGACAUGUGGAGGGUUGUGCUGAAGAACAUUAACCAGAAUGCAGUAUGUCCCACAGGACAGUGACAUCUCUUCUGUAUCUUUGUUCAUUUUUUAUCACACUUUCCACAAUCUGUAGAGCAAUGUGUGUCCAUGCCAUUGGACAGGAACCUCUCAUGAAUGCAAGAAUGGCUUACUCUCAUUCUGCAGGAGGCACAGCACAGUUCAUGCACAAAGGGUCAGUUCCUUUAAAGAAUGGAGGUCAGAUUUUCCUGACUAGUUCCUGGCAUGAGAAAAGGAUUGGUGUCUAGUCCAGCAAUGAGUAUUGUGUUGUGUGUUUCUGCAUUUGUGUGUAUAGUUAUGUGUCUACAUUAUUAUGUAUAUUUGUGUUGUAUACACACACUCAAACACUACGAAAUGAACCUUGUAUACCAACCGGCAUUUUUUUUUCUAGUUUUCAUUGCAUUAGUUGUAUAAUUUGAAAAAUGCUGUUGUCUGCAAUCUCAUAGCAAUGCUCCCCACGUGCAACCAGCAGCAUGACCCAAAAUAAUGGUCUCACAUUGGCUGAGUCAGCAGUUUACUGUGGUGUCUGGAGAUUUUGUGCUUUGUGGUAUAGGUUUUCUUCUGCUUGUCCAAUACCAGUGUGUCUGGGAUGAGAUUUUUAUAUCCAUUGAAGGAUUUGGUGUGUUUUAUUUGGUUUUCUGAAACUAGCACUAGAAUUACAAAAUCACAUAAUUUCUUCAGUCAUGUGGAAAACCAGAACCUUUCUUUAAAAGUCACAGGCAGGGGAUGGGAAUUAUAUAAUUUCUUAAUGCCUUUUUCAAUGCUGGGAUUAAAAUUAUGUAUCCAUGUAGAGCAGUCCUAAUUCAAAUAUAAAAUUGGUUUAUUAAUAAUAAAAUAGAUUGCGCACAAUCUUCUCAAUUCUUA